GAUUUCUUUUUUCUUUUUUUUCAGUUCAUGAUCCUAAAAUUUAUACUCUACUCAUUCUUUAUUAAAUUUCUUGGGCGUAGAAGGAAGAUGGUUUGAAUAGAGCAAGAGCAGCCAUUCGUGAAGCUGUUAGAUCACAAAACUAUUCGUCUUUUAAAGAGGAGACUUACAUUCCAAGAGGUGUUAUCUACAGAAAUUCUUACGCCUUUCAUCAGAGUUACAUUGAGAUGGAGGAGAGAUUCAAGGUGUGGGUUUACAAGGAAGGUGAGCCACCGUUAUUCCAUGGCGGGCCGUUGAAUAACAUCUACGGAAUCGAAGGGCAGUUCAUCGACGAGAUGGAGAGAGGGAAAAGCCACUUUCUUGCACGCAAACCUGAGGAAGCACACGUAUUCUUCCUUCCCAUCAGUGUAGCCAGUAUCGUCAACUUCAUAUACAGGCCUCUCGUCACCUACUCUCGGGAUCAGCUGCAACGCUUGGUCACUGAUUACAUCAGCGUCGUCGCUGAUAAAUACCCUUACUGGAACAGAAGCAACGGAGCUGACCAUUUCUUGGUCUCCUGCCAUGAUUGGGCACCAGACGUCUCCACGGCCAAUCCUGAGCUUUAUAAGAAUUUCAUUAGGGUCCUUUGCAAUGCCAAUACUUCUGAAAGGUUUCAUCCUCAAAGAGACGUCUCUUUGCCAGAAAUCAACAUCCCUCCAGGCAAGCUUGGCCCUCCUCCUCGUCAAGGCCUAGCCCCAAGCAAUCGCACAAUCCAUGCCUUCUUCGCUGGUGGAGCCCAUGGUUACAUCAGAAAGGUCCUGUUAGAGCACUGGAAAGACAAAGACAAUGAGAUUCAAGUCCAUGAGUACCUUGACAAAAGGAAGAAAAAUUACUUUAAAUUAAUGGGUCGAAGCAAAUUUUGCCUGUGUCCAAGUGGGUAUGAAGUGGCAAGUCCAAGAGUGGUAACAGCAAUUCAACUAGGAUGUGUUCCUGUGAUCAUUUCUGAUAACUAUACACUGCCGUUCAGUGAUGUGCUUGACUGGAGCAAAUUCUCAGUAUACAUUCCAUCGAAGAAGAUACCUGAAAUUAGGACAAUCUUGGGGGAGAUUUCGCAGAGACGGUAUCUUCAGUUGCAAAGAAGAGUGAUGCAGGUUCAAAAGCAUUUUCAGUUGAAUAGACCAGCUCAGCCAUAUGACAUGAUUCACAUGGUUCUCCACUCUGUGUGGCUAAGGAGGCUUAAUUUGAGGCUUCCCUAUUGAUAUAUAUAUCUGUUCAUAGCUUCUUUUUGGUGUAAUAUCAUUCCCAACUAGGGUAAGAUCUUAACUAAACUCGAUUGAAUCCAUUUUUCUAUUGUGUGCUAGACAAGAUACAGGUUUGUAUUUGAAUAUAUUGAAUGUAAUAUACUUACAUAGAUGAAGAGUGUAUUUCACUGAUGUGGUUGCAUGAUCUGUGAAUAGAGAUGUAAA